AUGGUGCUGAAAAAAAAGGGACAUGGUGUCCUGCAGAAAAGGGACAGGGUACCACAGGAACGGAACAAGGUGCCACCAGAAAGGGACAGGGUGCCACAGAAAAGGAUCAGGGUGCCGCAGGCAAGGGACAGGGCUCCGCGGGCAAGGGACAGGGUUCCACAGGAAAGGGUCAGGGUGCCGCAGGAACGGGACAGGGUGCCGCAGGAAAGGGACAGGGUGCUGCAGGAAAAGUACAGGGUUCCGCAGGAAAGGGACAGGGUAUCGCAGGAAAGGGACAGGGUGCCGCAUGAGAGGGACAGGGUUCCACAGGAAAGGGACAGUGUAUCGCAGGAAAGGGACAAGGUGCCGCAGGAAAGGGACAGGGUGCUGCAGGAAAGGUACAGGGUUCCGCAGGAAAGGGACAGGCUAUCGCAGGAAAGGGACAGGGUGCCGCAGGAGAGGAACAGGGUUCCGCAGGAAAGGGACAGGGGCUCCGCAGGAAAGGGUCAGGGUGCCGCAGGAAAGGGUCAAGGUGCCACAGGAAAGGGACAGGGUACCACAGGAACGGAACAGGGUGCCGCAGGAAAGGGUCAGGGUGAGGCAGGAAAGGGUCAGGGUGCCACAGGAAAGGGACAGGGGUGUCGCAGGAAAGGCUCAGGGUGCCGCAGGAAAGGGACAAGGUGCCGCAGGCAAGGGACAGGGUUCCGCAGGAAAUGGUCAGGUUGUCGCAGGAAAGGGUCACGGUUCCGCAGGAAAGGGACAAGGUGCCACAAGAAAGGGACAGGGUGCCGGGAAAGGGACAGGAUACCGCAGGAAAGGGACAGGGUGACGCAGGCAAGGGACAGGGUGACGCAGGAUAGGGACAGGGUGCCGCAGGAAAGGGACAGGGUGCCGCAGGAAAGGGACAGGGUGUCACAGGAAACAGACAGGAUACUACAGGAAAGGGAUAGGGUGCCGCAGGAAAGGGACAGGAUACCGCAGGAAAGGGACAGGGUGCCGCAGAAAAGGUUCAGGGUGCAGCAGGAAAGGGAGAGGGUGCCGCAGGAAAGGGAGAGGGUGCCGCAGGAAAGGGACAGGGUGUCACAGGAAACAGACAGGAUACUACAGGAAAGGGAUAGGGUGCCGCAGGAAAGGGACAGGAUACCGCAGGAAAGGGACAGGGUGCCGCAGAAAAGGUUCAGGGUGCAGCAGGAAAGGGAGAGGGUGCCGCAGGAAAGGGAGAGGGUGCCGCAGGAAAACUCGAUGCGACUGGACAGGGUGCCGCAGGAAAGGAUCAGGGUGCCGCAGGAAAAGGACAGGGUGCCGCAGGAAAAGGACAGGGUGCCGCAGGAAAGGGACAGGGUGCCACAGGAAAGGGAGAGGAUUUCGCAGGAAAGAGACAGUGUGCCGCAGAAAAGGGACAUAGUGCAGCAGGAAAGGGAGAGGGUGCCACAGGAAAGGGAGAGUGUGCCGCAGGAAAACUCGAUGCGACUGGACAGGGUGCCGCAGGAAAGGAUCAGGGUGCUGCAGGAAAAAGACAGGGUGCAGGAAAGGGACAGGGUGCCACAGGAAGGGACACGGGGCCGCAGGAAAGGGACAGGGUGCCGCAGGAAACUCGAUGCGACCUGGACAGGGUGCCGCAGGAAAGGAUCAGGGUGCCGCAGGAAAAGGACAGGGUGCCGCAGGAAAGGGACAGGAUGCCACAGGAAAGGGACAGGGUUCCGCAGGAAAGGGACAUGA